AUGCCGCUAUCGGGGGGUCGCUUCGUGUCUUUGCUUCUUCGCCGCCACCACGAUGCAAGGGAGGCACAGCCACCGCUGCUUCUUCCUCGCCACCGGCGAGCCGCCUCCCUCCUCUCUCCUUCUCCUCUCGCCGGCAGGGGCCUCUCACCAUGGCCCUCCAUCGUCGCCGCAUACGCUGAUGUCGCAUCCAGCGGCCCUUGCCGCUGUGUCCAACGACCCUCGUUGCCGCGUCUAGCGGCACUUGGCGCAGUGUCCAGCGGCCCUCGCCGCCACGUCCAGCCGCCUCCGCACGCGGCAACCACCUCCUUGAGUUGGCCGUCACCGCUGCCCCCUCCUACGGCCACGUUCACCACUAGCAGCCGCCGCCGCUUCUUCUUCACCACCGGCGAGCCGCCUCCCUCCUCUCUCCUUCUCCUCUCACCGGCAGGGGCCUCCCGCCAUGGCCCUCCAUCGUCGCCACGUACGCUGACGUCGCAUCCAGCGGCCCUCGGAGCCGCGUCCAACGGCCCUCGGCACCGCGUCCAGCGGCCCCCGUCGCCACGUCCAGCCGCCUCCGCACAUGGCAGCCACCUCCUUGCUCUAGCCGUCACCGCUGCCCCUCCUACGGCCACGUUCACCGCUGGCAGCCGCCGCCACUUCUUCCUCGCCACCGGCGAGCCGCCUCCCUCCUCUCUCCAUCUCCUCUCGCCGGCAGGGGCCUCCCUCCAUGGCCCUCCAUCGUCGCCGUGUACAUUGACGUCGCAUCCAGCGACCCUCGCCGCCACGUCCAGCGGCCCUCGCCGCCGCGUCCAGUGGCCCUUGCCGCCGCGUCCAGCGACCCCCGGCGCCGCGUCCAGCUGCCUUCGCACGCGGCAGCCACCUCCUUGCGCUGACCGUCACCGCUACCCCCUCCUAUGGCCACGUUCACCGCUGGCAGCCGCAGCCGCUUCUUCCUCGCCACUAGCGAGCUACCUCCCUCAUCUCUCCUUCUCCUCUCACCGGCAGGGGCCUCCCGCCAUGGCCCUCCAUCGUCGCCGCGUACGCUGA